AUGGAAGAUAAAGAAAGAUACAUGACAUUGAAUGUACAGUGGAAGAAAAAGUGUUCAAUCCAAAUGUCUGAACUUACAUUUAAAGAUUAUUCAGUGAUGUUGCACCGGUAUAAAAUCUUAUUGGGAAUCUCUGGAACAGUGAAUAGUAUUUUGGCUUUGGCUUUGAUCUCCUUGAUCCUGAUGGUUUCUCAAGGAGUAUUGCUAAAAUGCCUGAAAGAAAGUCACUCUAAUAUCACCCAGUAUGAUGACAUUGGAGACUUGAAAGUGAAUAAUGACACAAGAGAAAAUAUAGUUAAAAAGGGCAUGGACGUCUGUGUUUCAAAAUCUGCUGAACAGACAGUACUGUGCCCACCAGAAUGGCUCAAAUAUCAAGAAAAUUGUUACUGGUUUUCUAAUGAGAUGAAAAGUUGGAGUGACAGUUAUAUGCAUUGUUUGGGAAGAAAUUCUCACCUACUAGUCAUACAGGAUCAACUUGAAAUGGCUUUUAUACAGAAAUACCUGAGACAAUCAAACUAUGUAUGGAUUGGACUUAACUUUACCUCCUUGAAGAGAGCAUGGACUUGGGUGGAUGGUUCUCCAUUAGAUCAAAAGAGAUUCUUUGUAAAAGGACCAGCUAAAGUAAACAGUUGUGCUUCUACUAAAGAAAGCAAAAUUUACUCCGAAAGCUGUAGCAGUGUUUUCAAAUGGAUUUGCCAAUAUUAG